ACGCUUGGGUUACAUCCUUUCACCACACAAACAUACACACACACGCACACACACACACCUUUUUUUUUGUACCGGAACUUUUCUGUACUGGUCUGAGCAGCCAGGAGAGGAGAGGAGAGGUGCUGCAGUCCUUCGGAUUGGUAUUUCUGGAGGAGAGAGGAUCCUGAGACCAGUCUUCAUCAUGGCUCGGGACUUUACCGUCCUCCAAAUUGCCGUGCUCCUGCAGGUGCUGUGUCUGACGCUGGCUCAAGUGAGCGGCCCACCCGGAGCUCAGGGUCCUCGGGGUCCACCCGGCCCUCCAGGUACCCCCGGAGCCGACGGCAUCGAUGGUGAAAAGGGGCCUCCUGGGCCUCCUGGACCUGCUGGUCAGAAGGGAGAAUCAGGCCAGCCGGGCCCAGACGGUUCUCCUGGGGAUGAUGGGAUUGAUGGUUUAACUGGAGGAAAGGGUGAACGAGGUCCCAUUGGAAAGCCUGGACCAAAGGGUCUACCAGGGCCUACUGGUCCAACAGGACCACCUGGACCUGGGCUUCCUGGCCUUCCGGGACCAGCAGGUCCGAUAGGGCUUCCUGGGGAAAUUGGACUUACUGGACCCAAGGGAGAUAUGGGACUUCCUGGACCACCAGGUUUGCCAGGACCUCCAGGAAAACCUGGGCCACCUGGGAAGUUCUUGGGUUUAGAAGAAGGCAGUGCUGAUUUUCAGUGCCCUACUAACUGUCCUCCUGGACCUAAAGGUCCUCAAGGUCUGCAGGGCAUGAAGGGUCACAAAGGUCGUGUCGGUAUACUGGGGGCACCAGGAGACAUUGGAAAGCCGGGCACAAAGGGAGAUGUUGGGAUCUCUGGUGAGCAAGGAAUACCAGGCCCUCCAGGUCCACAGGGGCUCAGAGGCUAUCCAGGAAUGAUUGGGCGCAAAGGAGAGACAGGCCCUCAAGGCUACAAAGGUAUUGCUGGACCCAUUGGACUUCCUGGAAUCCCUGGUAAAGAGGGACCACGAGGUCCUCCUGGAGAUAUUGGAGACAAAGGUGAUAUGGGUGACCAAGGCAUCAGGGGACUACAGGGAGGAGUGGGAAAGAAGGGAGAGAAUGGUCUCCCAGGGAUCGAUGGCAAAGAUGGUACCCCCGGCAUCCCAGGAAUUAAAGGUGCUGCCGGCCAGAAUGGAAGACCUGGUCCACCUGGACAUCAGGGGACAGCAGGUUUGCCUGGAGGACCUGGCACUAAAGGUGGCGUGGGUGCAAAGGGUGAGCCUGGACCUAGGGGUUUGGUAGGAAUGGCUGGUGCUCCAGGUCCUCAGGGGGAGCCAGGGCCACCAGGAGAAGCCGGUAUGGCUGGAGUUCCUGGACCAAAGGGUGACAGGGGUGAGAGAGGACCUGUUGGGCUUCAGGGAAUCGUUGGCAAGGCUGGAAAUAAAGGAGAAAGGGGGCCAAUGGGUAUACCUGGGCCUCAGGGGAUUCCUGGAACCAAAGGAGAUAAAGGAUUCCAAGGCAAAGUCGGACCAAAGGGAGACUUUGGUGACCCAGGUGUAGAGGGAUUGCCUGGAGAGAAGGGAGAAAAGGGACUCUCUGGUGAACCUGGGCCUAAAGGACAGCAAGGAGUCAGGGGUGAUCAGGGCUACAAUGGUCCUACAGGUGAUCCUGGAAAACCUGGAGACCAGGGUCCACCCGGUCUACCUGGACCUCGAGGCCUCCAUGGAGUAAGAGGUGCACCAGGCAUGCCAGGAAUACAGGGAUCGUCUGGUCGUGAUGCCUCAGAUCAGCACAUCAUCGAGGUGGUCCUGAAGAUGCUGCAGGAAAGGUUAUCUGCUUUAGCAGUGAGUGCAAAGAGGGGAGCACUAGGAGGAGCUGGAGUCAUGGGGCCACCAGGACCUCCAGGACCUCCCGGAGCUCCAGGUCCUCAGGGAGCCCAUGGCCUUACUGGUGCUCGAGGCAUCCCUGGUAUGAUUGGAGCUGCAGGCCAAAUCGGCAACACUGGCCUUAAAGGAAAGAGAGGUGCAAAGGGAGAGAGAGGAGACCCUGGUCGCCCUCACCCAGGUCCCCCAGGGCCACCUGGCCUUCCAGGUCCUCCUGGUCUGGAUGGAGUUGCAAAAGAUGGCAAACCAGGAGAAAGAGGCCCGCAGGGUACAGCCGGUCAACCAGGCCAUCCCGGAAAAGCGGGUCCUCCUGGCCUACCUGGCUUCUGUGAAAUGGCAGCAUGCCUGGCGGCGUCAGCUUACACUUCCCCACGACUCCAGGAAGCUGGCACAGUCAAGGGACCAUCCACUUAAAGCCUUCAAACAUCAGAAAUAUUAAAAAGAGACCCACAGCCCUUUCUUUCAUGGGACAUCAUCAUCAUGAUGCAACGGUCCUGAGUGACUGAAUUUGCGGUUUAGUUUGACAAUUUUGUGUGUGUGUGUGUGUGUGUGAGUGGGGAAGGGUGGUGAUUAGGGUUCAUCAAAAACUGUAAUCUAGGCUCGGCGCCGUCUCACCAUGAGUGCAAUGAGAUAUGAAAAUGUCAUCAUUAGGACAUCAUGAUGACAAUGAGGUCCUCGGGAAGCCUUAACUCAGAGACUGAAAUCUAAUCCCUGGUGCUGUUUCAUCUUUUGUAGUGGUCACUACAUAUGUUCUUAAUUAUAAGAAUCUAUGAAGCUUAUGUGAUAUAAUGAAACAAGACAUGGCCGGAAUUUCACAGCAAGGUUUACCCGUGUUAAUAUUGAUAAUAAUAAAAAAUUAACAAUAAUACAAAGUCCCAGAAGAAUAGUGUUUAAUUUUUGUAACUUAUUGCUAAAUACCUCGCGGAAACGUCUUUAAGCUUAUAGUUGCUGUGUACAUUACGCACCUGUCUAUUAGCUUUUAAAUAAACAACCUAUUCUAACCUAUUCCCUUUGCCCAUCCAAUAAUACUGUAAAUUCUUUGUAAAUGAUGCAAGUGUGCUAAUUGUGUAGCAGUAUGAAUCAAAUCGGUACAAUAUGGACAGGAACCUAAAGUUUAUAUAGUCAACCUUCAGAAGAACUGAUUAUUCACAGUAACACCCUAUUUAUUUGGUUCAUCUGUAAAGACUUUGUUUUCAUGGUUCAUACCAAUCAAUAAAGAGGAACCUUUUGUAA